UAGAGAAGAGGGUUAAAGAUGUCUCAGAAAUGUGAUGAUUUACGGUUGAGUUUGAGUUUGAGUUUGAGUUUGAGAUGCCCAGAGAAUGUUAAUCCACCGCCACCGCCGCUGGCUCCUCCACCACCACCACAACCACCGUUUCCAUUGAGCCUGUUGCAAUCUCCUUUGCCUUUCAUGCAGCGGCAGAAUCAGAAGUCUCCAACCGCUGAUCCGUUUCAAUUAUCUGCGGAUCGGCAUGUUGAGGGGAGAUCGUUUCUCCGGGGGAUUGACAUGAAUAAACCGAUAACUGUAACAGACCUUGAGGAAGAAGUGAUGGUUUCAUCUCCAAACAGUACAGUCUCAAGUUUGAGUGAGAAAAGGAGUGAGAGAGAAGAGAAUGAGGCGGAGAGGGCCUCGAGUUCUAUGGAGGUGGAUGAGGACGGUGGCGACGCCACGGGGAGGAAGAAACUCCGGCUGACUAAAGAACAAGGAGCGGUGCUUGAAGAGACUUUCAACGAACAGAACACUCUCACUCCGAAGCAAAAAUUGACUUUGGCGAAUCAGCUAAAUUUGAGACCAAGACAAGUGGAGGUGUGGUUUCAGAACAGAAGGGCAAGGACAAAGUUGAAGCAAACGGAGGUAGAUUGCGAGUAUCUGAGGCGUUGCUGCGAAAAUCUGACAGCGGAAAACAGGCGAUUGACGAAGGAGGUGAACGAGCUGAGAGCACUGAAACUUUCCCCACAGUUUUACAUGAAUAUAUCUCCUCCUACUACCCUCACCAUGUGUCCUCAGUGUGAACGCGUGGCUGUGUCUUCCACAUCUUCUGCAACUCGACAAUGCAAUCCAGUAGCGGCUCACCACCAACGACCAAUUCCUGUGACCUCAUUGGCUGCCAUGAUUCCGUCUCAACCACUUGAUGCCCACUGCCACAAUGCCUAGCUUCAGUGAGAAGGAUUUCACUUCCUCGGGACGAUGAAGUUUUGCCACCGGAAAGAGUGACCGAGGGGGAUGGAGGAAGGCUCUUUUGAUUAG